AUGCGAUGCAGCCCUCUUUCGUCGGCGCUGGCCCUCGGCUGCGCCGUCCUGUCUGCCCUGCCGUCGCGAGUCUCGGCCGCCUUCAUCAACUUCGACAACUGCCUGGACCAGAACAUCCGCAAUUCCAACCCUCUGCAUCUGCAGUUCAUCCCGCUCUUUGUCGACGCACGCUUCAACACAUCUGCCCCGAGUCACAAUCUGAAUCUCACCAUCUACGGCAAUGUCAGCGGCCAGGCCACCCAAGGCAACUACCCGCCUCCUAACGAUCCGUCAUGGGAGGAUCCGAACAACGAUUUUGGCAAGAUAGUCGACCUCUCACCCUCGAAUAACAGAUACUCGACCCUCUUCCAGCGCUACCAAGUCCUCACCUUUGACGCCUACGAGGCCGUCCCUAGCCGCUUCUGCAAUUCGACCGUCAACGAUUCGUGUCCCUUGGUUCCUUCCUUCAACGCCACUCCUUACGAUCCCUACGACCUCUCGGCCUUCACCGUCAGCCAUGACUUCUAUAGCUCGUAUGCUUUCGCAACCAUUGCCACCACCAUUACCGCAAAAUCCGGUGAUGCCGGCGCGCCCGACAUUGCAUGCAUUUCUGCCAACAUCACCCCAGCUCUCGGACACACCUUGUCUGGCCUGCUGACAUACCUUCCUGUCGCCAUUCUCAUACUCGUAGCCAUUGCGACCGCUGCUGCCGGCAUUUACUCUCCUUGGGGUUCUACCAAUCCCUUCAAAUGGACUACCAACUAUGGUCGUGAUCAGGAUCUGCUGCGUCUUGUGACGCCCGGUUUUGGCGACUGCUUGCAAUACAUACAAUUUAUCUUCUUGACGGGUGCGCUUAGCCUCAACUACCCUGGCUAUUAUGCACCAGUCACCGAGCAGGUGAGCUGGUCCGCUCUGCUUUUCAACUCGAGUUACGUUUCUCAUGGAGACGGCACUCAAUCUCUUCAGGACGGAAUCUACAUCACCAACGGAACCUACGGCAUGACUCGCAUGAGCCAACUGGUGGGCAUGACUGCAGUGCGUGACAUUUGGGCUUGUAUGGCUGUCUGGUUGCUCGUCGUUGCAAUUGCCGUUGUCCUCCUCUGUCAGCUGGCCUUCCUCUUGCGCUGGCUGAUUCGUCUUCUCGCCAACAGCCAGCAAGAAGAUCUUCGAAAGAAGAACUGGCCCUUGAGUGGUGGUAUGGUAGUGCGUAUCAUCUUCAAUUACUUCCUCCUGCCCAUUGUCGCUAUCUCCAUGUUUCAAUUGAUAGUGGCUCCGCGAUCGCCUCCUUCUGUGGUCGCUAUGGCCGUCAUACUCCUACUUGCCAUCAUCGUCCUUGCUCUCUGGAUCCUCAACCUCAUCUUUCGCACCAAACCGCGCGCCUACCUUUUCGAUGAUCUUCCAACUGUUCUGCUCUACGGUCCACUAUACAAUACCUAUUCUGACGAGGCGGCUCCAUUUGCUUUCAUUCCUGCCAUUCUCACCUUCAUCCGGGGUAUCGCUAUCGGCGCGGUACAGCCUUCGGGCAUUGCACAGCUGGUCAUUUUGGCUAUCUGCGAGGUUAUUCUCAUACUAACCCUCCAUGCGUUCCGUCCUUUCCAUUCGCCAACCCAUAUGAACGCCUAUCAUACAUUUUUUGCUUCAGCAAGACUCGCGACCGUUCUCCUCAUGGUUGCGUUUGUGCCAUCUCUUGGUGUUACUGAGGCGCCCAAAGGAUGGAUCGGCUACGCUAUUCUUCUGCUCCAUGGUAUAGUCCUCAUCUUUGGUUUCUUCAUGAACGCGCUACAGACUCUGCUAGAAGUCUUCGCUCGCAUGGCAGGUGCAGGAGGCGAUCCUCAGCAUGGAGCACAGAGGGGAGGUCUGAUAUCGUUUGGUUGGCGUCAGCUUCGCAAGCGGCAACCAGGUAGGCAAGCAAACAGACCUGGUAGCAUGAUGUCUGAUGCCGCUAUCUUAGCCAACGACUCGGACGCCAAAUCGCUCAACCUGAUGGGAGGACGAUCAAGAAGCAUGUCUGCCAGCUCCCAGAUGAUGCUUAGCCAGCACUUGCCUGACAAUCGUGUUAGUAACGGUUUCGAUCAAUACAAUCAGUCGGAGUACGCGUACACUCCAACGAUGGAAACACCAACUACUCCUUAUAGUGCCGUUCCACCUUCUGCAGGCUCCGUCGCGGGAGCUGGUAACCCUGGCAAACGCCCAAUCUUGGGGAUCAAGACAGAACAACCUCUGUCAGACCCGUACUAUCGGGCGCCUCGGCCACGCAGGAACACCAAUGACCCAUACACUCCAGGUGCUAGAAGUCGACACUCAACAAGUGGUGAUUGGAACAGGCUACCGUAUCAAGAUUCUCCAGAUCAUUCAGCAGGUGUUGACGAUCUCGGAGAGGGUGGUUCAAUUGUCCCUCCUUACUUACGCACUCAACAUAGAGGUGGUUCUGACCCAGACUUGGCAGAUUUGCCACCUAGAGAGAGGACCGACUAUGCUGUAAGAGAAGUUGAUUUCUACUACGGUGUCAGAGGUCCAGCUCUCUCGAAUGCACCGGCCAGAAAACUCAAGACUGGGCCCGCGGACCCUGUAGGUCCUGUCUCGUCUGCUACUACAUGGUUCCAGCGUCUUGUUGGUGGAAAGAGAAAAGACAAAGGCAAGGGAUUCGAGGUAGUCCGCAGUUCUCGCAUGCCUGCCAACAUGACUCGUGAGCCUUUAGAGGAUGAAGAAGGGCAAGAAUUGGAGACUUCGCCGCCCAUGAACUAUCAGCCAUACAGGGACUCACCGGACCCGCAGUCGAUGGGCGGCGCUCGUAGAUCACCCAGUCCUGAGGGAUAUGGCGACAUGGGCAGUCGCCUAGGGGGAACGUGGAACAAUAUGGAAGUCGAGGAGUCGGACUCAGAGAGCGACAUCACAAACACUCGACCGUCUUCACCUCCAUAUCUUCGACCUAUAUCUCGGACUGGUAGCAUCAAGUUCGACCAAGACGACAAGCCAGUGAGAGUGCCCUCGAAGGCUACCGACAAGGAUUAUUUCCCAGCAUCACCACCACCGCGUCACCCAUUCCAUGUCGGUAACAGUGUGGGCGACAACGGAAGGCCCACCAGUAUGGGUACAGUACAACAGCGUGUGACGAGCGACAGUGUCUUUCAGAGUGCAGGGGUUGGUGAAGGAAGCAUAGCUGAGAUCGUGACCAACGAUCGAACCAUGAGCAUGGAAUCCAGAAAUGCACCACGAUGA